AUGCUCGACCCGCCCGCGAUCAACAUUGCCGCACCGGAACCGACCGCACCGACCGAAAGCGAACCCCCCGCGAAAGUAAUGAAUCAAAUACGAAAAUGGGGGUGUCACUUUGAUGGGAAGGACCCGGUGUCCUUCCUGGAACGUAUCGAGGAGUUACAAGCCGAAUACGGAUACGACGGCGCGUUGCUCCUUCGCGGACUACCAGAGAUGCUACGGGGAGACGCGCUCCUCUGGUAUCGUAACAACCGGACCGCGUGGGGGACGUGGCAGGAGUUCCUCGGAGAAUUUCGUGAGUACUACCUGCCGCGCCGUUAUUUUUCCCAGCUACGACGGGACAUUCAAGCCCGAACGCAGGCUCCGGACGAGCCGUACCGAAAGUACGCGACCGAUGUACUCACGAUGAUGCGUCGCGACGGGAGUUACGUAGAGGAGGAGCAGCUCGACUUCCUCUACGACAAUAUGCACCCUAGAUACAAACUAUACGUCCGUCGCGACGACGUCCACCGCGCCACCGAAUUGCUGCGACGCAUCAGCUCACAAUGCCGCGAACGUCAAUCCGCGUCGAAACCGUCCGCGAAUUCCGCUGCCACCGCCUACGACAAGAACGAAUGCUGCUGGUGGUGCAACCAGCGCGGCCACACGCGAUUCGAAUGCCGCCGCGCAACCCGAAAAUUCUGUUCCCUAUGCGGGAAAGACAACAUACAAGGUGUCAGGUAA